CUGCUGGGGGAGCUGCUCGAGGCAGAACCCGCAUGCGUCGCACAGCUAGUCGCAGCCCGCGGCGUGCCCGUGCUGGUGCACUUGAUAACAAGCAGCGGGCAGGCGACUGCGCAUCCUCCGCGCCAGGCGGCUGUUGCCCGGGCGGCUGCCGUCAGGGCCGAGCUGGAUGCGGCGCCAGUGACUGUGAACAUCAGCGUGACGGGGGGCAUGUUUGGGGGACGGAAAGGGCUGGGCGGUCCUCAGAAGCGGGAUCAGGCGGGGCUGGCGGGGGCUGCGGAGCAAAAGCAGAAAGGCGUGAUGCUCAUGCAGCCUGGAGGUGGCAGCGGCGGCGACGUUGGCGGCGGCAGCUCGGCGCCGGUUGAAGAGGAGCUGCUGAUGCAGGCCGUACUGCUGCUGCGGAAGCUCUGUGGUCAACACAUGGCUGAGGUCCUGGCUGCCGGUGCGGUGAGGGCGCUGUGUGGCCUAGCUGGCACCCCUGGUGGCG